UCCUAUAGUACAGCAUUUAAGGGGUGUCUUGAUCGCACAAGCAAGACAGAGAAGUCCGCGCACUUAUAACAAGCCCACAUUGAAACGUUUCGAUGCUGCUAUAGUGACUGAAGUGGCAGGUGCUUUGCCUGCGUUCUCUUCCAAGAUUCGAACUCAGAAAUUAAAGUGAUCAAGUUUGUUUUAGGGAUAUACUAGCCACGCAGUGACUGACUAUAUAGUAGUUUGCUAAAUCCAACCGUUUUUUUCCUCGCUACAACUGCAACAGAAGAACUUGGAACAUCAGUAUUAUUUUGAAUUAGUAGGAGGCUACACGACAAAACGAGAAAGCCCAUGGCGGUAUCUAUGCGUUCCUGCUGGACGCUGGCUCUGAGCGCGUGCCUUGUGUUGACGGUGAGUGCGGACUGCGGGGCAGACUGCGCAUAUUGUAUUCAUCACCUACAACUUCAAAAGACAGACAUCAACUCUCUCACAUGUACGUUAGAGUGUGAAGGAGCUCUUAGCCCCAAGAAGUCCUGGGAGCUGUGUGAGGAUGUCCUGCAGGCUAGAAAUGCCGACAGUCCAACAGAGGAAGACAAGGCUACCACAGAGACCUCCAAGCUGGACAACAACGACCCACAUCAACUAGUAAAGAAGUAUGGCGGCUUCAUGAAACGCUAUGGGGGCUUCAUGAAGAAAACGGCAGAACUGUACGGUCCUGAACCCGACGAUGUCGACCACGGCAGGGAGAUCCUGUUCAAACGCUACGGCGGGUUCAUGAAGAAGAGUGGCGAGCCAGAAGACACACUGAGUCUGCUCCGGGAACUGAUGAGGAAUGUGGAUGGCGGCGAUGGCGGGGUGGAGAAACGCUACGGAGGCUUUCUCAGGAGCGCUAGACAGAGCUCUGACUUAGAGAAUGGUAUCCAAGAGCUGCAGAAGCGCUACGGCGGCUUCAUGAGGAGGGUGGGCAGGCCCAAGUGGAGGGAGGAGCAGAAACGCUAUGGAGGCUUCCUCAACAAGCGAGCCUGGGGGGAGGAAGAGGAGGACGAGAUGGAAAAGGAGCGUGUGGAGUUGGAAGAUGUUCCUGACGUGGUAGAGAAGAGAUACGGAGGCUUCCUGGGAUACUGACCUUCCUAAAUACCUACCACUGCUCAGUCAUGUUCUGUUUUCUUGUCUUGCCUGCAUUUUUACUGAUUGGCUGUAGUAAACAUACUGAAGCCUAAAUGGUUAUUUUAGUGGUGUGACAUACUGUAACAUUCACUCUCCAUCUCUAAGAGACUUCCCUAAGCACUUCUAUGACCUUUGAUCUCUGUGUGCAGUAGGCUUUAUGAGACUCAUUUUCUCACAUGCAUACACACAAACAAACACACACACACACACACACAUACACACACACGCACACACACAUUCAGUUAUUCUAUGAAUUGGAAAAGCACUAAUCUGCUGAUAUGGGGACUGUUUUCAUUGUAGUGACUGAGAAACCUAGAUGUUCCCAAAAUAAAGGCUUCUCAGGCUUAUCAAACAGAAGAAAUAGCCUACAGUCAGAAUAAGAUAUUUGAUAGACUGGAAUACUUUUUCACACAUCUUGCUUUACUGUAGUUAACAGCUGUCGAUUUUCUAGAUGCAUCUAUUUAUUUCAUUUUAUUGAAAUCAUUGUAAACACCUGCUUAUCUGUAUGUAGAAUAAAUAAAUUGCUCUAA